ACUUUCAUCACUAUCGCUGAGUUUUGUUUGUCAUUCAACAAGAAAUUUGGAAUUCACUUAAUUUCUUACGAAAAACCCUUCGAAAUCAUUAAUCGUAUAACAAAAUGUACCAGCAAUCCCUGAAAGUGCAGCCCUCGGAGGUGACGGUGCUGAAAGCCACCGGCAAGGUGGGUUUGCCCACGGAGCCCAACUGCUUCAACCAACUGGCCCAUGUCCACCGUCUGCGUGACUCGGAGAUGAACUACAACGAGCACCAGUACAUGCUGAACAUGAACUUGAUGCGCAACCGAGAGGGACUCUGCGUUCCCCUGAAGAUGGGCAUGGAUCGCUUUGCCGCUCGUCAAGUGGGCCGCCUGCCCUUCCUUCCCUCCAGCAACUUGAUGGACGAUGUUCUUACUGGACGUUGCGACACCCUUGGCUUCGAGGACUUUAUGAAUCUGCCUGAAAACAGCGAGCAAAUGCGCCAGCCCCAUGCCGUGGUCGAGAAAUCCUUUGGCAUUUACUAAUUAAUUCCCGGAUAUACUAUAAGUUGCUUCUAAAAAACCAAUAAAAUUAAUUAAUCAAGGCCUGGCUAAAUGAUAA